AUGGACUUGGACCCCCCACUACCUGUCCACUCACCUGUCUCUAGUCAAUCAUUAAUGUCUCCAGUCAGACAGGAAACGUUCAGGUUGACACGGAAACCGACCCUUCCCGACACCAGGCUCCCAUCCCUGAUCCGGGAGACUCUCCAGCUUAGUUUGCUGCUGUGGUGUGCUUUAGCUGGCCGUGGAUCAGAAGCAGGAGUUUGGAGCCGAUUGUUCUACGUUGGCCUGUCGGUGUUUGUUAUGUGACGGGUGGACAGAGACCGAGAGGAGCCGAGCAUUAGAGAGAGAGAAUGGGGAGAGGAACCAACUGUAGCUGGAUUGGGCCUGAGAUCCCUCUGUCAUCACAGAUCUUCAGUGCCCUUAAAGAUGAUCUGUGGCUCCUCCUGAUCCCGGCCGGCCUGGCUGCCAUCUUACUGGCCGUGUUCCUGGAGGAGGUGGGCUUCUUCCUGCGCCACAUCCCCUCAUCCAGACGGAGACGCCUCUACCUGUGGAUAUUAGGAAUGUACCCGGUAUUUGCCCUGACCUCCCUUAUAGCGCUGUAUGUGCCGCGCUCGUCCUCGCUGUGUAAUUUCAUCGCCUCACUGUAUCACUCCAUCACCUUGCUGAAGUUCAUGGGACUGAUCACAGACUUCUUUGGAGGGAAAGCUCGUAUGCUGGCUGCUCUGUCAGGACAGCACGUAUCUCCAGACCCUUUCCCCUGCUGCUGCUGCUGCUGUCUGCCAAUGGUGACCAUCACCCGCAGCCGCGGCUGGAUGCUGGCUGCUGUGCUGCAGCUCUCUGUCAUCCGCAGCAUCCUGUUCUUCGUCACACUGGUCCUGUGGACAGAUGAACAGUAUGACUACGGUGAUGUGGAUUCUGCCAACCCCAACCUGUACGUGAACGCUAUUAUAGGUUUGUCAACCUUCGUGUCCUUCUACGGCCACCUGCUCUUUUACAAAGCCACUAAGAGUGCGUUGCAUGGCUACGGACUGAGAGCCAAGUUCAUCUGCAUCAUCGUGGUGUUGGUGCUGUGUGGCCUACAGAGUGGCAUCUUAGAGACCAUGGGUGCUCUGGAGGUUAUCCCCUGCACGCCACCCUUCUCUGUGCUGACCAGGUCACAGUUGAUCUACCACUACUGUGUGAUUGUGGAGAUGUUCUGCAUCGGCCUAUAUGCCCGCCACACUUUCCGUAAGGUGGAGCCAAACGUGCUGCAGGAUGUGGAGGGCCCCGUCAGUGUCUGGCAGAUGGAAAAGGCUGUUCAAACAGACGAUGUUCAGAUGACACAUCACAGACCCGGCCAGCUCCGCCGCGGCCUCGUCAGUGCCUCCAAUCCCGGCUACAGCAGUGACAGCGAGGACAGCCUGUGCAGGAUUGAGCAUGCGCCCCUAGAUGGUUUCGCGUUCCCUCAGGCCAGAGGUCAGCAGCCAGCCAGGACAGAACCAGUGGAGCCCAGGUCUGCAGAGGACCCUGGUGUAGAUCUGAGCCACAUUACUGUGAGGGCUGAUAUUAACUUUCAGGACUCUAAGGAUGUCACUGUGGUUUGACAAGCUAUGGGGCAGAGACCUCGGUCACAUUUAGGUCACAGGUUAAACCCAACAUGUCCAGUUUGGCUACACUUCAUCAUAACCUGUCUUGGGCUCAUGCAUACUUCACCGGAGUGUCUCCAGAGUUGAGUGAGCCUGAGCAGCUGCAAGAUAACACAAGGCUGGUGUUUGUGCCUCUCUGACUCUCAUGGGCGUAGGAAGCCUUCACAAAGUGGGUAGGACAAUGUAAUGUGGUGGGGGGGGGAGGGGGUCCUCUCCCAGAAAACUUUGAACAGAGUAGAUGUCAUUUACUGUAUUCUGGUGCCUUUUAGAAGGUGGUUUGAUGCUUUUAUUUGGCUAUACUAUGAGAGAAAU